AUGCCGACAUUCACAACAUCGCCAGAUAGCUCGCGGAACGCAACCCCAGCCUCCAGCAGGCUCGACCUCGCCGGCAUGUCUUCCUCGCUCGGUGGCGCAUCGUCCUCCACUCCUGUUCCCUCCGUCCGCAUCACCGAGUCCUCCCGUCUCAUCGAGCCCCCUCCGGCAACCUACGGCGCCCUGUCCGACGACGAGGACGCUCCGAAACCAAGCGAUGAGCCGCAGAACGGUUCGGGCAAGAAGCGCAAGAAGAUAGGCGCCAGGGUGGCCAAGAAGGUCCGCCAGCGCUCCAAGUACUACGUCCCCGUCACUGAAUGGCUGCCCCAGUACUCGUGGUCGCUGUUCUCUGGAGACCUUGUUGCGGGCGUGUCUGUGGCUUGUCUUAUGAUCCCGCAGACCAUGUCGUAUGCGUCUGCUCUGGCUCACCUCACCCCUGUGGCAGCAGCAACUAACCUCAGCCAAAUGUCGAUGGGACCUGAAGCAUCGCUGUCACUUAUGAUGGGUCAGAUGAUCGAUAACUUCGUCUACGGUGACCCGCACAGCGUUCCCGAGGACCCUGCUGCCGAAGGCAUCGCCAUUGCUGUCAUGACGACGUUCACUGUUGGUGUUCUUACCUCUAUCCUCGGCCUGCUCAGGCUCGGGUUCCUGGACGUGGUGCUCAGCAGAGCCCUUCUGCGCGGUUUCAUCACUGCCAUCGGUGUGAUCAUUCUUAUCGAACAGCUUCUUCCUCUCCUAGGUCUCAACCAUCUCGUCGACGAAGGCUAUGACGUGCCAGAGCUCCCGAUCCCGAAGUUGAUAUUCACGAUCCAGCACAUCAAGCUGUUCAACCCGUACACGAUGACCUUGUCUCUGUCCUGCCUUGCCUUCCUCAUCCUCUCCAAGAUUGGCAAGGGCGUUGCUACGAAGCGCCCGGGCGGCAAGUGGUUACGCUUCGUCCCGGAGAUCCUGGUCGUCGUCGUCAGCACGACUGGCCGUGUCAAGACGGACGCUGGGCUUCCCUUCGGCUCGCCUCUCACCAAGAGCACCGUCAAGUACUUCACCGCGACUUUCCCCACUGCCUUCGUAAUGGCUGUCGUGGGUGUCGUCGACUCCAUGGUUGCCGCGCGAGAGAAUGCUGCCAAGUACGGUUACCCCGUCAGCCCCAACCGUGAACUCGUGGCGCUCGGAGCUACCAACCUCGUUGCGUCCCUCAUCACGGUGCCCGGUACUUUGCCCAUUUUCGGGUCGGUCACUCUCCUCACCGAGGCACCUCACGAAAUCAUCUUCUACUAUCAAACCCGAGCUUGGACCGACUUCUUACAGAUGGUCGGCACGUUCGUUAUCACCCUGUGCUUCUCCAUUGAGCGCAGCACCCAGCCUCGCAUCAAGAUCAUCGGUCGCAACCCUCACAGUGAUGAGUGGGUGCCUAUCGACGAGGACGAGGAGGCGCAGGAGGAGAUCCCCGGCGUGGAUUCGCGAGAGUCUCUCGUUCGCCAACACGGGUCAACUGAAGGAACGACUUCGUCGAGUAGGUUGCACUACGCUUUUCAUGCUAACCUCCAGCUCGAGCUCUACGGCCCGCAGAAGAGCCACCCCUCCGACGUUCCGCGCCGCGACAACGCAAAGGCGAUCAUUCUUCACAUGGGUGAUGUCGAGGAGAUCGACGCCAGUGCGCUUCAGAUCCUGAACGAGCUCGUGCGUGCCUAUGAACAGCGCGGCGUAGGCAUCUACUUUGCCCACCUGCGACCGGCCCAGCUGGAUCUGUUCCACAUUGUCGGCAUUCCCGAGCUCCUUGGGCCGCACCGGUUCCAUGCAAACCUCAGUUCGGCGAUGCACGAAGUCGAGUCGCUCGGCUUUGAGGUUCUGCUUGUGGACGCCGCCCCAUCCGCGGGCCUUGAACGCGAUCACGAUGAGGUACAGGAGCGCGAUGAAGAGCAUGAUGGUCGUGAUCCAGCCGGUGACAACAGAGGCCUUGACCAUGUUGCAGCGCUCGAAGAGGUCCGAGACAUCGCCGCAGUUGAUCUUGUCGGUCAGAGCGGUGAGAGACGCCGAACCAAUCAUGUACAAGAUGAAGCCGAUGAUGACCCAGACCAGGUGCGGGAGAAUGCCCCAGAUCGUGCUGUGGCCGAAGAGCUGGAAGCCGACCUGGAAGAUGACUGCGGCGGGAGAGAGAGGGGUCAAACGGCGUGCCUCGGCAACUCGGCGGAGGACUCCACUCUCGCCACCUACCGCCGAAGCCCAGCUGCGUCCAGCCUUCUCUUGCACGUCUGCGCAAGGCGCGCACAGUCGUCGCAGCCCGACCUCCAUAGCAACGGGGCACACGCAUCCAUCGUCUCCCAUGCCCCGGAUGCGCCCAUCUCCGUCGGUCCCGCCGCAACCAAAACGCCGCUGACGCCAUAUGGCGGCCGUGUCCGUGGAAUACUCACGAGCGAAGAACGUCGUCCAAACCGAGGCGACGAGGAGGAGGCGGAUACGGUCACGGUAAGCACCGGUGUGCUCGGGCGGGUAUCCGUCCUUGUUGUACUUGCUAACAAGCGAGGCGGAGAUACCGAGCGUGAUGAUCGAGAUGAUCAGCGUGAUGCCGAAAAUGAUCGUGUACGAGAUACGGAUGAAGCGCUCGUUCAUGGUGUCGACAAAACUCUCCUUGUUGGUGGUGCAAGAGUGUAG